UCCUCGCUGCUCGUCCUGCCCCCCGCGCCGACUCUCUCCCGGCGGCCAGCCAGGUCCGGCCCCCUGGAUUAGCCCGGGCACGGCCUAAGCCUCUUUGCUGCCGCCGCCCCCGGGAUGGCCCGGCAUGGAAGCCAGCGGCGCUGAGCGACGCGGCGGGGAGCUCUGCCUGCAGGUGGGCGACGCCGGCCUGGGUGGCCUCAUCCUGCUCCUGCUGACGGCCCGGCCGGCCCCGGGUGAUGGGGUGGCCCGCGGGGAGCCCCUCGAGCCUGGCGGGCUGCGGGGGCCCCUGGCGCGCUCCCUGCAGCGGGCAGAGGCCAUGCUGCGCAGCUGCGUCUCCCCGGGGCUGCGGCGCCUGCUGGCCCCGCGGCCCCGCCGGCGCGGUGACGGCGACAGCGACGAGGAGGACGAGACCGAGGACGAGGCCGCGCCCAUCGUGACCCCGCUGGAGCAGAGCUUCGCGGGGCUGCGCCGCUGCCUCCGCGUCUGGGAGGACCCUCGCACCGAGACCUUCCAGGGACACGUGCGGCCCCGUCCCGGCGGCGCCGGCGACUUCUCGGAGGACGCGGUGCGGCAGCGCGUGGCCGCGCGGGGGGCGGCCCUGCACGCGCUGCUGCGGCACCGCCACCUGCUCCGCCUGGCCCGCGACUUCGCCCGGCGUCUCAAGGCCUCCUCCGACUUCCUGCGGCGGCUGCUGGCACUGCCGGUGCCGGCGGGACGCGGGGGCCACGCGGGGCCGGCGCUGCGGGAGCUGUGCCUGGAGCUGCGGGCGCACGCGGGGCACUGGGCCGCGCUAAGGCGGAGGCUGCGGGGCGACGCGUGGCUGCGGGCCCUGCCGCGGCGCCGGCGCGAGGCCGUGGCGCACAUGCGGCGGGCGCUGCUGCUGCCGGCGCUCAUGGCCGCGCGCCUGGCCCGGCGCCACGCCGAGGGGUGCCUGCGGGGGCUUGGCUGCCCCGGGACCCCCUGCCCGGCCCCUGAGAGCCUGGCUGGGCUCUUCCAGGGGCUGGAGAUCUACAACCGCGUGGUGCAGGGGCUGGCAGAGGAGCUGGGCCCCGAGGCGGGUCCCGGGGGUGUCCCCCCUCCCUUCACGGUGGACGGAGUGCUGCGGGUGCUGGCGGCCGAGCGUGGCCGCGCCGUGGCCGAGCGGCUCCAGCCCCUCCUGCGGCCCCGGGGUGGGGACAUCAGGGACGGACACGUGUGCUGGGAGGACGUGGCGGUGCCGUGGCCGCCGGGGCACGAUGCUGCGGGGACGGAUGCGGCGACGGACGCAGAAGGUUCCGGAGCGGAGCCGCUGCCAGGGCUGGUGGCCGAGCUGCGAGCGCUGUGCCUGGAGGACGAGGAGCUGACGGGACACGUUUUGGGGGCACUGGUGGCCUCGGCCGACAGCCUGUGGCAGCCGGUGCUGUCUGAGAGCCCUGAGCCCGUGGGGCCGCGCCCGGGCAGCACGGGCGGCUGGAAGUCCGUGCGGUGGCUGGACACCGCCCGGGGCCCCGCGGCUGCCACGCUGGGUGCCCGGUACCGCCCGCUGCUCUGGGGGGCCGCGGGCGCUGCGCUGGGGCACAGCCUGGGCACCCCCCCCGCCACCCUCAGCGCCACCGUCACCGCGGCGCAGGAGCUGAGCCGCGCGCUCGUCGUGGCCCGUGUGCCCCCCGAGUGCCAGGAGGAGCUGGGGGUGCUCUGCCUGCGCCUGAUCUGCCGGAGCAUCCUCUGCAGCUGGGACACAGGGUUUGCAGUCCAGGGUGCAGGCAUGGGUUACAGUGUGGGAUGUGUGUGGUGCUGGGGGCUUCUAACUGUUUUCCCUCCAGAUUUCACCUGUGCCCUGGGCUCAGGGCUGUUGGACAAGUGCUUGGAGGUCCCGGGGGGGCCUCCGGGGCCGGGGUGCAGCCGCACGGCACAGCAGCUCCGGCGCCUCUUCCCAGCCCUGGUGCUGGCCCUGCGCUGCCUGCGCCCGCUGCCCACACACCCACACGCGUCCCCUGGGGUUCCCUGCCUGCGGCUACAGGUGCUGGGCCGGUGUCUGGCGGCGGUGGCGGCUGCUCACGCGUGGCUGACGGGCAGGGCCGGGCGGUACCUGGCAGCCUGGGCACUGCCCCAGUUCCUGCUGCUCACCCAGGGAGACCUACAGGUGCUGAAGGCAGAGACGGAGCAGCUGGUGCUGCAGGUGAGUGGGACCUUCCCAGAGCUGGGGGACACUGAUGGGGACACCCCCCCAGAGCCACCCCACGGGUCCCCGUGGGAGCUCCAGCUGUGCCGGCAGAUCCACGGAGCGGCCAACGACAUCCAGCUCUUCUCCAGCGACGUGCUCGGGAUGUUCUCCAGCAGCUGCAAGCGGCUCUCGGCCGAGAUCUUCGACCAGACGAUGCCGCUGGGCCGGCACUGGCGGCUCGGGCCACGUGCCGAGCUGCCCAGCACCCCCAGCGCGUACGCAGCGGCCGCGGUGCAGGCGGUGCUGGGGCAGGUGCUGCAGGGGGCACAGGCCCUGCCCCGCGACGCCCAAGCACCCACCCUGGCACGGGUCACCACGGCCUUCCUGGAGGCCUGGAUGGACCACAUCCUCACUCACAGGAUCAAGUUCAGCCUGCAGGGGGCCCUGCAGCUGCGGCGGGACUUCGAGGCGGUGCGGGAGCUGCUGUGCUCGGAGCGCUCCGGGCUGGCCCCCGAGGCCCAGCAGGCUCUGCGGGCUCUGCGGGUGUUCCACCACACGGACACGGCCGUGCGCUGCCUCCUGCAGCAGCCGGGGGGGCGCGGCGGCCACCCCCGCGGCUGGGCCGGGCUGCGGCGCUGCUGCUCGGACGAAGGCGCCCACCCCCUGGAUCCGCCCCCAGCCCCGCUGCCUGUGUUGGACCCGCUGGAGGUGGCAGUGCCGCUGCCGGGGCCGGCCCGGCCGGGCGCGGAGGGCGAUGUGCCGGGCCGUGCCCGCGGCGCCGCUGCCGAGCCGCCCUUCCCGGGCAGCCCCCAGCAGUGGCUGUCCCUGCGGCUGCACCGCGCCCGCCGCUGGAGAGUGCCGGGACUGCCCUGCGUGGGCAACAGCCCCGAGGGCUGACACGCAAUAAAACCGCCCCGCCCGGCCCGGCCACCUCUGCGAGGGGGGUACGGCGGAUGGGAGGCUGACAGC